CGCCCCGGCCCGCCCCCGGCCGGGCGCUCGCAGCCCCGCGCAGCAGGGCCGGGCUCGGCUCCCAGCGCCGCGGAGCACUCGGCCCUGGCAGACGCCCCGAGAUUGUUGUGAGGAGUCGCGCCAGUGGGUGAGCGCCGUAAUCUGAACCAGCUGCGUCCAGACCGAGGCCCCAUUUGCAUUGUUUAACAUACUUCGAAAAUGAAGUGUUCAUUUUUAACAUUCCUCCUCCAAUUGGUUUAAUGCUGAAUUACUGAAGAGGGCUAAGCGAAACCAGGUGCCUGCGGCCAGGGCUCGCAGUGGCUCCCAGCAACCCCGGCGCGCUCCCCGAGUCCGCGCCGCCCGCUCGCCACUCGCUCGGCCCCUCUGGAAUAGAAAUUGCCGCGAGCCCCAGGGGCCCCGCGCAGGCCGCCGCGCCGCCGCUCCUCCGAGGGUCCCGCCGGGGAGAGCCCUCCACACUCCGCGCCUUGGCCUCUCCGCGCGCGCCUCCGGACAUGCCCGGCUUCGGAAGGAUACUCACCGUCACCAUUCUGGCGCUCUGGGUGCCCAGUCCCGGGAAGGCUCAGCAACAAUGCACUAACGGCUUUGACCUGGACCGCCAGUCGGGACAGUGUUUAGAUGUGGACGAAUGCCGGACCAUCCCCGAGGCGUGCCGUGGAGACAUGAUGUGUGUGAAUCAGAAUGGUGGCUACCUGUGCAUCCCACGGACGAACACCAUGUACCGUGGGCCCUAUUCCAACCCCUAUUCCACAUCCUACUCGGGACCCUACCCGGCGGCUGCUCCACCUCUCUCAGCACCCAACUACCCCACGAUUUCCAGGCCUCUCAUCUGCCGCUUCGGGUACCAGAUGGAUGAAGGCAACCAGUGUGUGGAUGUGGACGAAUGUGCAACCGAUUCCCACCAGUGCAACCCCACCCAGAUCUGCAUCAACACUGAAGGAGGUUACACCUGCUCCUGCACAGACGGAUACUGGCUGCUGGAAGGCCAGUGCUUAGACAUUGAUGAAUGUCGCUAUGGCUACUGCCAGCAGCUCUGUGCAAAUGUUCCUGGCUCCUAUUCCUGUACGUGCAACCCUGGCUUUACCCUCAAUGAAGACGGAAGGUCUUGCCAAGAUGUGAAUGAGUGCGCCACAGAGAACCCCUGUGUGCAAAGCUGUGUCAACACCUAUGGCUCUUUCAUCUGCCGCUGCGACCCGGGAUAUGAACUGGAGGAUGAUGGUGUUCGCUGCACUGAUAUGGACGAGUGCAGCUUCUCUGAGUUCCUCUGCCAACAUGAGUGUGUGAACCAGCCCGGCACAUACUUCUGCUCCUGCCCCACAGGCUACAUCCUGCUGGACGACAACCGAAGCUGCCAGGACAUCAACGAGUGCGAGCACAGGAACCACACGUGCACCUUGCAGCAGACCUGCUACAAUUUGCAGGGGGGCUUCAAGUGCAUCGACCCCAUCCGCUGUGAGGAGCCUUACCUGCGCAUCAGCGACAAUCGCUGCAUGUGUCCUGCCGAGAACCCUGGCUGCCGGGACCAGCCCUUCACCAUCCUGUUCCGGGACAUGGACGUGGUGUCAGGACGCUCUGUUCCUGCCGACAUCUUUCAGAUGCAAGCCACCACGCGCUACCCAGGGGCCUAUUACAUUUUCCAGAUCAAGUCUGGCAAUGAGGGCAGAGAAUUCUACAUGCGGCAAACGGGUCCCAUCAGCGCCACCCUGGUGAUGACACGUCCCAUCAAAGGCCCCCGGGACAUCGAGCUGGACUUGGAAAUGAUCACUGUCAACACCGUCAUCAACUUCCGGGGCAGCUCCGUGAUCCGACUGCGGAUCUACGUGUCGCAGUACCCAUUCUGAGCCCCCGGCGGCGGCGGGAGCCUCUGACACUGCCCUUCACCAGCACCCAGGGACAGCAGGAGAGGGAACGAGAGGGAGGAGGAGGGCGAGGCAGACUCGUUGAGCGUGUCCCCUAGGAUUCAGUCCCCCGACCCCUGCCUGCACCAUCGCAGACCUGUCACCCCGAAGGACACCCCCAUCCCCAGUUGCUCUGACACAGUUGCCCACAAGUAUUGUCCUUGACCCUGUGUGGGAGGUCCCCAGUGAGCUCUACACCCAUGUUUUUCAAACAAAAGAGAUGAAGUUGGCUGGGGUUUGAGUCUGCGUUCGAAGACUGUGAACAGCCCGCUCUUCCCCUCUUCCAGGCCUGCUUGCUCCUCUCGCUGUGUGGCUGCUUUGCAAGUGCCUGCUGGGCCACGCUGGGCCACGCUGGGCCACGCUGGUUAUAGCUAGGUGCCUUCUCGCUCAUACUGAGAAGCCAGUGCAGUAAACCACAGCAGAAUGGGAGUCACUCUCAAAGCCAUACCUGAUACUUUCUGCCAUCAAAGAGGUUUGACCUGUCGUUAAGUGUGUAUAACUGUUUAAUCCGUUCUGUUUUGAGUAAUUUUUAAAGUAAGUGCUAGCAUUCUUUAAAAAGGCUUCAACACAUAUUAUCUUCUGUCUUCCCACACCCCCAACUACUCUUCAUUUUACCCCAGUGUUUUCUUGGCCACCCAUCCCCCCACAGCCCCAUCAUGCUUUUUUUUUAAAAAGAAUUUUUAUCUAACUGGGUUGGAAGGCAAAGGUCUCCAAACCAAUUAAAUA